AUGCAUUUCGUGGCAAGAAAUACUACCAACGAAACAGGUCUUAGACCACCGAACCAUCAUUUGAGUCCCGGUGUGUAUGGACAUCGUCACCGGUCAAAUUCUAACGACUCUAAGCACAGCUGGUUCAAGUAUAAACUCGCCGGGUCGGGAUCCCAAAUAAUUCCCAGCAGUGAUAACGAGGCUACUGAUGACGAAGUCGAUUUUAACGAAAACGAGGACCUUACUCAGGAAUUCGUCAAAAGCAAUGAACUGACAAAGGACCACGACUGUGCAAAAGAGGGUUGUAAUCGAGUGGUUCUUAACGUGAGUGGAAUGCGGUUCGAAACCCAGAUGCGGACUUUAAAUCGUUUGCCACAUACACUCCUCGGAGAUAAAGAAAAAAGAGACAAGUUUUGGGAUCCUCGCACACAAGAAUAUUUUUUUGAUCGCCAUCGGCCAAGUUUUCCUGCCAUUUUAUAUUUCUAUCAAAGUGGAGGAAGACUGGAGAGACCAAUUGAAGUGCCAAGUGAUAUCUUUCUUAGCGAGCUUCAAUUCUUUGAACUUGGAAAGAAUGUGAUAAAUUCCUAUAAAAAGAAAGAAGGGUUUUUCAUGGAAACUGAUGAAAUCCCAGAAAUGCCUGAAGGAACGUUUCAAAGGCGAAUUUGGGAACUAUUAGAAUACCCAGAAUCCUCGAUCCCAGCUCGCGUUUUAGCUGUGUUUUCGGUAGUUCUUAUUGUAACUUCAGUAGCAACGUUUUGCGUGGAAACUCUUCCAGUAUUCAAUGGUACACAGUGUGUGAACACGACUAUCAUUUCUGAAAACGGUGAAGCCAUUUCAAGAUUGAUGCCAAAUUUUGUCCAUCCACUUUUUAUUAUCGAAUCCGUCUGUAUUGCGUGGUUUGUAAUAGAACUUAUUGCGAGGUUUAUAUUCUGUCCCUCCAAGCUCAAAUUUAUGAAAAGUAUGAUCAACUGGAUUGAUUUGGCCUCAAUAACCCCAUAUUUCAUUUUCAUGACUGUUUUCUUAGUCACUUGGAAAUGUGAACAAGGAAACCAAGGCGGAAUUCUCUCCGUUCUAAGGGUGUUUCGUGUUGUACGUAUUUUUAAAUUAAGCAAACAUUCGGAAGGCCUCAAAAUUCUAGGAAAGACACUACAGACGAGUAUGCAGGAACUUAGUAUGUUUGUUUUGUUUCUAGCAAUAGGCAUCGUGAUUUUUGGUGGUGCUAUUUAUUAUGCCGAAUUGCCAGAAAAGCAUACCUUUUUCACAAGUAUUCCAGAUGCAUUUUGGUGGGCAGUCGUUUCCAUGACGACUGUAGGAUACGGGGAUGUUUAUCCGAAAGGUGUUUUCGGAAAGCUAGUCGGAAGCCUCACAGUGUUGUGUGGAUUAUUAGCCAUUGCGCUUCCGGUUCCUGUUAUAGUUACAAACUUCAAUAACUUCUACAGGAACUCGAUGAAUAAGCCGAAGUAACAUUUAAUGUUCAAAUGAGAGGCCCUCUUUUUUCUAUUUAAGAUAUACUUGUAGCAAACCAGAUUGCCAUGUGCUUAAAUAAGUGCUGAAACCAGAGGACUUGCAAUUCGGUUGAUGCAAAGCAUAAUUAGCUUUCAAAGAAAUCUGUGAUAAACUUUUUUGAAAUCAGUCCAUUUUCUCCCGAGUCUUUCUUAUUUUUCCACUUCACAAGGUGCAUUAUAAA